AUGGUCAAAGAAACAAAACUCUACGACAUCCUCGGCGUUUCGCCGAAUGCCACUGAGCAGGAACUCAAGAAGGCCUACAAGACUGGUGCUCUCAAGUACCAUCCAGACAAGAACCGCAACAACCCGGCAGCCGAGCAAAAGUUCAAGGAGCUCUCUCAUGCCUACGAGAUCCUGUCGGACCCGCAGAAGCGCCACAUCUACGACCAGUAUGGCGAGGCUGGACUAGAAGGCGGUGGUGCCGGUGCCGGUCCUGGCAUGGCCGCUGAGGACCUGUUCGCCCAGUUCUUCGGCGGCGGUGGUUUCGGCGGCAUGUUCAGCGGUAUGGGCGGCAUGGGCGGCCAGCCGCGUACCCCGCCUAAGGCCAAGACCAUUCACCACGUUCACCAGGUUUCUCUCGAGGAUAUCUACCGGGGCAAGGUGUCGAAGUUGGCCCUGCAGCGCUCUAUCAUCUGCCCAAAGUGCGAGGGUCGUGGCGGCAAGGAGGGCGCCGUGCGCAGGUGUCCCGGGUGCGACGGUCAUGGUAUGAAGACCAUGAUGCGCCAGAUGGGCCCCAUGAUUCAGCGCUUCCAGACUGUCUGCCCCGACUGCAAUGGUGAGGGUGAGAUGAUAAAUGCCAAGGAUCGCUGCAAGGAGUGUGGCGGCAAGAAGACCGUCGUUAACCGCAAGGUUCUUCACGUGCCCAUCGAUCGCGGCGUCCGCUCUGGCACCAAGGUCGAGUUCCGCGGCGAAGGUGACCAAGCCCCUGGUAUCCUUCCUGGUGACGUCGUCUUCGUCAUCGAGCAGAAGCCCCACCCGCGCUUCGAACGCCGCGAUGAUGACCUGCUCUACCGCUGCGACAUCGACCUCGUCACCGCCCUGGCUGGUGGUACCAUCUACAUUGAGCACCUUGACGACCGGUGGUUGAGCGUUGAGAUUCUGCCGGGCGAGGCUAUUGCGCCAGGUUCCGUCAAGAUGAUCCGCGGCCAGGGUAUGCCAGCGCCCCGUCACCACACCUUCGGUAAUAUGUAUAUCCAAUUCAACGUCAAGUUCCCGGAGAAGAACUGGACUCAGGACCCGGAGGCCUUUGAGGCGCUCCGCAAGUUCCUGCCAGCGCCUGCCCAGCAGAACGUGCCUCCCGAGUCCAUGACCGAGCCUGCCGACUUGGAGGAGGUUGAUAAUGCCAACCGCGGCUUCGGCGACUCGGCCAUGGAGGAGGACGAGGAGCACGAGCAUCCUCAUGCCGAACGCGUGCAGUGCGCUUCGCAGUAA